UGUUAGCAGCAAAUAAACGUAGUUGGUAAACGACGUCGGAAGGAACACGAGUGAUCUGCAAAAUGCAAACAACAUGAUAUGCAAACAGUGAUUGUCACGUUGGUUGUAAGAGAAAGUAAUAAAUUUGUGGAAUCUUCCAAUUAAAUAUUAUUAUGUGGGAAGAAGGCCUGAAUACUAUUGUCCUACCAACAUUAUCUACCAUGGUUUUCUUUAUAUUUACGUUAAAUUUCUUAAGGUAUCUUAUUGGUGAUCCUCAUAUUCAAAUUAGAGAUAUCACAAAGGAACAUAAUUGGAAGGUGAUCAGGGCAACAACUAAGGUACUUUCAAGAAUUAAGGAUAGUUUCAAUAAACUGUUCCAAAUGGCAUAUUACUGUAAUAUUUGUGAGGCUUUAUUAUUGAAUAUGGAUGGUCUUCACUGUGAUUCUUGUGGUGUGUGUGCGGAUCAAAGUUGUGUAAAGCUUGCUGAUAAACGACUCAAAUGCAAGGCUAUUACUCUCAAUAAUGACCAGGCAAUGAAACAUCAUUGGAUCAGAGGUAAUCUGCCACUUGUUGCCACUUGCUAUAUCUGCAGAGAAGAAUGCGAUAUAGAACCUGGUCUCACAGAUUGGUGGUGUUGUUGGUGUCAGAGAUGUGUUCAUGAAGCUUGCAAAUCUAUUCUUUCUGAAAUAUGUGAUUUUGGAACGUUCAAAUUAAUGAUUAUUCCACCAGGAAGCUUAGAAGUGAUAAAUCGACGUAGCACAAUGAGACGCAGAUUACACCUUCGUUCUAUUAUAACACCAAAUUGGCCAAAGUGGCACCCAGUUAUUGUUGUAGGAAAUAGGAAAUCUGGGAAUAACGACGGAAGCCAAAUUCUGUCUCUGUUCAGAAAACUUUUAAAUCCUGCGCAGAUCGUGGAUUUAGCGGAACGCGAUCCAGUCGCCGCUCUCGAGUGGUGCCGCUUGCUGGGAGAAACUCCGUGCACUGUUCUCGUAGCGGGUGGCGAUGGAACGAUUGCUUGGUUGCUGAACACUAUCAACAAACUCUGCUUGAAGCCAGUUCCGUCUGUAGCAAUAAUUCCUUUGGGGACAGGCAACGAUUUAUCCCGAGUAUUAGGAUGGGGAAAGGAACACGAUAAAUAUAUGGAUCCAGUUGAGAUCCUGCAGAAGAUACGGGUAGCGCGAGAAGUAAAACUUGACAGGUGGUCCGUAAUGAUAAAACCACACGGUGGACUGGGAUUCCGAGGAUCAUAUAAGAAGCUAUUUAUGUAUAAUUACAUAAGCGUGGGUGUGGAUGCACAAGUAACUUUAAAUUUUCAUCGCACAAGAGAGAGCCGGUUUUACCUGUUUAGUCAUAGAUUAUUCAACAAGUUAUUGUACUUAUGCUUUGGCACACAACAAGUCGUGGAAAGAGAAUGCAAAAAUCUCGAACAGAGUUUAGAGGUUUAUUUAGACGACCAGAAGGUAGAGUUGCCUUCCAUUGAGAGCGUAGUAAUACUUAACAUUCCAUCUUGGGCUGCCGGAGUCGACCUGUGGAAAAUGGGAAUGGAAGAUGAGGAUAAUGUGAGUGUACAAAGUAUUAAUGAUGGCAAGUUGGAGGUGGUGGCUCUUUACUCUUCAUUCCACAUGGCUCAGCUGCAAGUAGGCCUCUCGAAGCCACAUCGGAUUGGCCAAGCUAAAACCGUAAAGAUCAAAUUGAUGCGGUCGUGCGCCAUGCAAGUGGAUGGUGAGCCGUGGUAUCAACAUCCUUGCGAAUUCACCAUAACACACUGCAAUCAGGCAUCUGUCUUGAUAAACGUAAAUGCUGACUGAAACUAAACACUUUCGGACGCGGUGCUGUACGCACCUUAUGCGUAUUUUCACAAAUGCAUUUAUUCGUGUACGUUAGAGUAACGGUGUUCAGCUCGCCUAAACUCGAUUAUGGAUCUAGCUUUUUGAUGACUUAUAACAUUUACGAGUAUUACACAAUUUGUAUUAAUAGUAUUAUGGAAGUAACCAAGUCUAGUCAAUGUUACUCCCAAAAGAUAUAAAUUAUAAGUUGUAUAUGAUAUAAAUUAUAUAAUUAAUAAUUAUCUAUAGUUAUAUAUAUAUAUAAUUAAUAAUUAUAUAAUUAUUAUAUACUCUCUCUGGUUGCAUGUAAUAAUUGUAUGUGAUAUACAAUUUA